AUGUCUGACGACUCCACGACCAACGCGCCGGCUACUGCGGCCGCGUCGCCAACACCCGCCGCUGAGAAGGAGGCCGUGCCUGCCCCUGCGACCACCCAAGCCGGCGAGACAAAGAAGGAGGAAGCUGCUGCCGCUACCAACGCUGCCGAGGAGAAGGCGGCCAGUGCUACUGAGACUGCGGCGCCUGCGCCUACUAGUGAAGCGCCGGCCGAACAAGAGUCGGACAAGGCUGCCCAAGACACCGAGGACAAGCCUGCCGAUAAGUCCGACGACAAGGCCACCGACAAGCCCGAACAAGACCAAACAGAAAAAUCCGACGUCGAAAUGGCCGAUGCCAGCGCCGCCCAGACUCCUGCUCCCGAGUCGGCAGAGCAAACCCAGCAGACCGACGAUGCCAGCCCUGCUGCUUCCGCGGCCGCCACGUCCAAGAGCAACAAGUCUUCGAACAGCCGUCGCAAGUCCGUCGGCGGUGGCUCCAAGCUCAACAAGAAGGCUUCCAAGGCGAAGCUGCUUCACCUCGACGCGCAGCCCGGCGAUCACUACUAUGUCAAGCUGAAGGGCUUCCCUCAAUGGCCCGUUAUCAUCUGCGAUGAGGACAUGCUUCCCCAGUCGCUCAUCAAGUCGCGACCCGUCUCCGCCAUGCGUCCCGAUGGUACCUACCGCGAAGACUUUGCCGACGGCGGCAAGAGAGCACACGAUCGCACGUAUCCCGUCAUGUAUCUUCAUACCAACGAAUUCGGCUGGGUGGUUAACACAGAGCUCAUCGAGCUUGAUCCCGAGGCCAUCAAGGAUAUGAAGAUGGACAAGAUGCGCAAGGACCUUGCUGCAGCGUACCACUUGGCUGCCGAGACCCAUCCCCUAUCUUUCUACAAGGAGGUUCUGCAGCGCUUCCAGGAGGAGCUGAUUGAGCAGGAGAAGGCCAGGGCCGCCAAGGCUGCUGCCACUCCCAAGGGCAAGAAGUCCAAGGCCGCUGUCAGCGAGGAUGAGGACGUCGAGAUGGCCGAUGCGAGCGACGAGCAGCCCCAGACCGACAAGAAGAAGGCCAAGAAGAGAAAGGCGGAGGAGCCCGUAGAGGAAACUCCUCAGCGGUCAGAGUCGGUCAAGAAGCCCAAGAUAAAGUUGACGACCAAUUCGACCGCGAAGACCGCGAACGGUGCCGCCGCCACCCCCAAGACUGCUAAGCCCGCAGCGGAAGCGAAGACCGCGAAGGCUAAGCCGGCCAAGAAGACCAAGGAGACGGAGGAGAAGAAGGGUGAGAAGGAAGCUGCUACUCCCAAGGAGCAAGAACUCACGCCUGAGGAGAAGCAUACCCGCAAGGAGCGUGAGGUGUUGUUCCUCCGCCACAAGCUUCAAAAGGGCCUGCUCACCAGGGAUCAGGAGCCCAAGCCCGAGGAGAUGAAGGUCAUGUCUGAGUUCCUAACCAAGCUGGAAGCGUUCCCAGAUCUUGAAGUCAGCAUCAUCCGGGCCACCAAGAUUAACAAGGUGCUCAAGGCCAUCCUUAAGCUCGAAAACAUUCCCAAGGAGGAGGAGUUCAAGUUCAAGCCCCGCUCGCAAACACUUUUGGACAAGUGGAACAAGCUUCUAGCCGGUGAAGCUGCCUCCGCCGCCGCCGCUCCCGCAGCCGACAAGGAAGCCACUACUAAUGGCGUCAAUGGAAAGGCGAAGGAGGCCGAGAAGGAGGUCAAGGAGGAAACCAGCAAGACCAACGGCGCCAAGGGCAAGAGCGAAGAGCCUUCCACGUCUGACAAGGCUGAGGAGGCCCCCAAGGACAAGGAUGGCGACUCCAAGAUGGAGGAGGCCGAAGCAAAGGUCGAGCAGAAGGAUGAGAAGAAGGAUGCGGAUGAGAAGAAGGAUGCGGACGAGAAGACCGAGAAGCCAGAGACCGAAGAGGCAAAGUCUUCUGAGGCGGUUGAAGCAUCUGCCUGA